CAUCCCAACAAUGAACUAAUCACAUUUUUCCUCAAUAUAAGAACAAGACAUAAACUGAUAAACUAUUCCUAGUCAAGCACAGCUUUGUUUUGUCUCGUCUACUUAGCUAUGGAUACCAAUAUUACCAGCUGGUUCACCCCCACUCUUCUCUUCUUCUUCUUAAACCUCAUAAUUAUCUCCAUUUUCAUCGCUUCAUACUCUAGAUCUCAUAAACACCAACUCGUUCAGCAUGACUCAGUACCCAACCUCAACCGAUCCUCGUCUCUCUUGGCCCGAGUCAAGUCCCUCAACUUUUCAUUCAGAAACUUCGAGCAUCACUACCCAGAAACCCUACUCACUGACCCACAAAAUGAACAUCACCAUGUUCCCGGAGAGGUUUCGCAUGAGGAUGCUCAUGUUCCGGCCACGACGGAGGAGAAGUUGAGUGCAAGUGAGCCGCUUGAAACGGUGUCGUUGAAGGAGAACAAGGAGCAAGUGAUGAAGGAGAGCAAGGAGCAAGUGAUCACUGCUGUCAAGGAGAGGCGGAAGAAGAAGAAUACAGGUGUGAAAGAAGUGGUGAAAACGGUGUCGUUUAAGGGAGAUGAGCAAGUAGAUGCCAAGGCAGAAAAUUUCAUCAACAGGUUCAAGCAGCAGCUGAAAAUGCAGAGGCUUGAUUCAAUAAAGAGAUACACAGAUAUGUUGACAAGAGGGCCAAGGUCUACCAACUGACCUCUUGUCUUUUAGCAUGCCGAAUGUCUUGUUCACAUUUGGAGUGUUGUUUUAAACAAAUGGAGUAAUAAUGAGUGUGAUUAUCAUUUUAAAUGCAUUCAUGUAAAACUAAAGAAUGAUUUGAUGAUAAGAUCGAUGAAAUGGAGAUGGUUAUUAUAUGUUGAAAA